AUGAAAAUGUACAUGGUUUUCAAUCUGAACAGCAGAAUAUUGUACAAUGUGUGUCUUGAUGGUUUAGGUGCCACAUGGAAGAAUAUGAAAGUUGAUGGAAUCAAAAGACAUGCAUCAGUUAUUUAA